AGAGACAGACUGCUGGAUAAUGGGAUUAAGCAAAGCUGAACAGGAAGCACAGGAAAACAGAGACAAAAUCAGCCUGAUCAGAUCUGACGGAGGGAGGGACGUCCUGUGUUCACCACACCCACAAACAAACGUGCACACACACACGCACACAAAAGCACACACACUGUGGCAGCAGGUGGAGGCAGCGAAGAAGCCAGCAGAGAGACUGCCGACCAGCAGCCAUGACAGACAUGGAUUCUCUCAGUGAGGCUCUAAAGGCCAUCAGUGUGAGCACAGAGCUAAUAGAGGAUGAACUGAAGCCUCAUCUGGACACAGUGCUGGCUGCACUGCUGGAAAAGAAAAAAGGUGCUGCUGUAGAGAUUGCCAGAAGCGGGAUCCUGCCCAUCCUGGUUCAGACCUUGCAGCAUGACAGCGGUCUGAGCUGCCAGGUGGCUCUGGUGGUGGCCGAGAUGGCACGAGACGCUGCAGUGAGAGAACCAUGCAUCGAGGCGGGCCUGGUCAAAGUUCUGGUUCCCCAUCUGAACAGCAGGAACCAGGAGAUGCUUCUAAACACCGGCAGGGCCAUUGGACGCAUCUGCUUCGACAACACUCACCAACAGGACCAGUUAGUCCAGAGUGGUGUGAUCCCCAGGCUGGUGUCCAUCAUGAGGGAGUACCCGGAUAACGACCCGCUGGUCAACGUCUGCCUGCUGGGGCUCUGUAACCUGGCUGACAUGGACUCGGCGCGGGAGGCUCUGGCACUUCUGCAUGUGGCCGAUGCUCUGACCUUUCAGCUGAAACGAGCGCCUGAUGCUGAACGCCGACACGUCAUCUUGGAAAUCCUGAGUUCACUGGGAGAGAGCGAUACCCUGAAGCUGCAGUUUGCUGAGUCUGGAGUACCAGAGGCUUUAUCAGACAUGAUCCGGGGUCUGCAGGGACAUUCAGACCCCCAUGAUCUCUGCAGCAUCAAGAUUGCCUCCAACCUCAUUGUGUCUCUGCUUUUAGGAGAUGAGUCCAUGCAGAAGUGUUUCGGUGAGGGAUCCGGGCAGGUCUACCAGGAUAUCCUGUCCUGGCUGCAGAGCUCCAACACCCAGCUGCAGCUGUCAGGAGCCCUGGCCAUCGCUAACUUUGCCAGGAAUGACAGUAACUGUGUGAAGAUGCUGGACCUUGGUGUGGUUCCACACAUCCUGACCUUGUUGGAGCAGCAUGUCGACGAAGGAGACGUGUCCGUUCAACAUGCUGGACUGAGCGCACUCAGAAACCUGGCCAUUCCAGCGAGCAACAAGGUCCGGAUGUUGGCGGAUGGAGUGACAGAGAGGAUAAAGACUCUGCUACGCACCGACAUGCCACCGGUUCAGUUCAAGCUGCUCGGAACGCUGCGCAUGAUGGUGGAUGGACAAGAGGACGCAGCCUUGAUGCUGGGGCGGGAUGCCAUGCUGCUGGCUCGGAUCAUGGAGUGGUGUGAAGCCAAAGACCAUGCAGGAGUCCGAGGAGAAGCUAGUCGCCUUUUGGCUGCCCUCAUCAGACACAGCCGCAGUCCUGAAGUUGUUUGUGCAGUAACCGAAGCAGAUGGGGUUCGACACCUCAUCUCUAUGGCAACAAGUGAACAUGUUAUUAUGCAGAAUGAAGCCCUGGUUGCCCUGGCGAUAGCAUCUGCCAUCAACAUUGAGUCCAUGAAGGAUCCAUUCAGGGAGGCGGAGCUCUUACCAACGCUGAAGAAGAUGUUGGAGGAUCCAGCUGGAGCGGUCGAAGUCAAGUUCAGCGCUUUAGGUCUCAUCUGCACCCUGGCUAACUCCAGUGUGAUGAAGGAGGACCUGGACUCUGUGAACAUGAAAGAAAGUCUCAGUAAACUGACUGAUGACAGCAGCAGUAAACUGGCCUCCCAGGCCGGCUCCAUACUGGCCGCUCUCUGUGACACCAGUUAAACCAGCAGAGGAACCUGUCUGCUGUGUGAAUUUAUCCGGCUUCUGACACAACAACGUUUAUUCCAAUGAUCUUAAAGCACAUGUUCCUCUGCACGUCCGGGUGGCCUCCUGAACUUUGCAGCAGGUUUUCAGGAAGCUGUUUCGUCAUCAUAUUACAGGAUUACCUGCAUAUAUGCUUCCUUUUGGUUGGACAGGAGGAAUUCAAUGUUUUAUUCUUGAGAUGCAUCAUGGUGUAAGUACUGCCGAGUCAUGUUUCAUGACGCGAUGAACUGUAGCCCAGACUGAUGCCAUAGAGCUUUAAAAGAUGUGAUUACUCUGGCAUAUGUGAGCAGUGCUGUUGGUUUGUCCAUUACAAUUCAGAACUUCAUGAAGUUUAGUGGAGAAGUAGAGCAUACUUUGAAGAACACAAAACAGUUUUGGUGCAGAUCCAGUAACUUCCUUUGCUCUCUGAUUGUCCUUGUAGUUCACUUCUGUGAUCAGUGUACAAGUCCAAUAAAAACCAAGAAUGACCUCAGACUGAUGUAGCAGUGUGUUGCUCAGCUCAGUCCAUGGAUAGAGCGCGGGUGGAGGUCAUCACCACACACUCUUCCCAGCUCUUUCACACUGCACAACCUCCAGCUGUAAGGUCUGAGAGUCCUAAACCAGAUUCUUCAUCUUACCUGUGAAACUCAACAGGUACAUCUAACAAAGGCAGUAAAAGGAGGUUGAUGGUUUCCACCGUCCAACCAGCAGAACAGAUGUGGUGGUGGGAUCUUUGUCUACCAGACAUCAAUGUUUCAGCCCUCCACUCGUCCCUCCAGCCUUCACAAAUCACUUUCACUUAUAUAAUAACGUCACAUAGACUCAAGUCAGUAAACCAGUGUUUGGUGGAUCAUCUCUUUACUGUAAUAAAGCUUCUGCUGGUGGAAAGCCUGUUUAGUCUAAUAAAUGAGGAGAAAUAAAACAGGAUAUAAAGAAUUGAACGGCUUAAAUAUUAAAACUAGUUCACUAAUAACACAAAGUUAAUUACUGGAGCAGCUCGGUUCAUUAGACAAGAUGGCUGAAGUCUGGAGAAACAAGGCCCUAUCACCCUGCCUCCACCCGGCUGUCACCCCGCCUCCACCCGGCUGUCACCUUCCUUUUCAUCCCUGUUUUAAAAGCUUAGAACAUGUGAGAUAUUUACUCUCCUACGGUUUCAGCUCCCCUCAGACUUAAAUGAUGUCGAGUUUGAAAUGACUGAAAAGUGUAUCUCCUGGAGGACCUCUAUCAUCGCCUCAAAUGGAUCUAAUAUUCCCUCCUUCAGUUUUUAUGGAUGUGAACUUUUCCAGCACAAACAUUUUAUGUAAAACGACCAAGCAGUGAUAAAUAAAACAUGAAUGUGA